GUUUGCGCUGACGCAUGCAGAUUUUAACUCAUACAACGCAUGAGACACGACAUAUGUUUCGAUAUAGUUAUCAAAAAGCAGUGAUACGUUAGAAAACAGUGAGUCUACAUUGAUUAGAUUGUUGGUUUUCAAAUCUCGUCCGAUUAAAAAUUGAUGUAAAUCAUUGAAAUUAUAAUUAACAGAAGGUUUCUCGUGACAAUUUCAUCAUCAAGAGAAAUAUUUAAAAACUACUACAAUGAGUUUAUCAACUCUACCUCGUGUUUUGGUGACUAGUAAUGAAGUACCUGCUGUCGGUAUCGAUUUGCUCCGCACAAAAUGCAAUGUUACUAUUAUACCGGAAAGCGUCAGUAAGCGAGAACAAGUAUUGCAAGCUCUUCCUGGUCAUGACGCUGUAUUCCUCGCUGGCCAUCAUAUUGUCAACAGCGAGUUUCUGGACAUUGCUGGACCAAAUUUAAAAGUCGUGUCAACAAUGUCCGCAGGAUACGAUCAUUUAGAUGUUCCAGAAAUUAAAAAAAGAGGAAUCAAAGUCGGACAUACGCCGGUGGUAUUAUCUGCUGCAGUCGCGGAAAUGGCAGUGCUCUUGUUAUUAUCCGCGGCGAGACGUGCGCAUGAGGGUCGUAUAAAGCUGGAACAAGGUCACUCAAAAUCAGGACCGCAGUGGCUACUGGGACAAGAUUUACGAGAUUCUACAGUCGGCAUUUUUGGUCUAGGAAAUAUUGGUCAAGAAAUAGUUAAACGAUUAAAGGGAUUUGAAGUGGGGCGCUUUAUUUAUACCGGACAUUCACGCAAGAAAGCAGGUGAUGAACUAGGAGCUAUAUUUGUACCCCAGGAUGAACUUCUAGAAAAUAGUGAUUUUCUCAUAAUUGCGGCACCCUUAACUAAUGAAACCCAAGGACUUUUUAACGACAGCGUUUUCGACAAGAUGAAGAAAACGGCUGUUUUGGUGAACAUAUCUCGUGGUCAAAUUGUCAAUACCGAUUCACUUGUAAAAGCUCUGCGUAAUAAAAAGAUAUUCGCUGCCGGAUUAGACGUCACCGAUCCAGAACCGCUGCCACCAGGACAUGACCUUCUAGAACUACCUAAUGUUGAAAUUGUGCCACAUUUAGGCAGCGCGACAAUCAAGACUCGCAAUGACAUGUCGUUAACCACAGCGCAAAAUAUUAUCAAUGGUCUUGAGGGUAGGCCCUUGGUUUACGCUUUGUAAUAUUUCUUGUAUGAGCUAUAUAUUCUUUGUAUUUAUUGCUUUACCUAUUAAAAAAUGUUAUUAAAGAUUAUUAUUUAUUCAUGUACGAUUUAAUAAAAUUCUCUUUUAUUCUUCUA